AUGCUUUCCAAAGCUGCAUACGCAGCUCGUGUAUGCCGAACAUGUCGCGUCCAGCUCCAGCUCAAUAACUGCCACUACAGGCCGGCCAUACUUACUCCUCAACCCUUACGUUUUGGAAGGCUGCGAUACUCGACGAACACUACCGACGAUGCUGAUCACAAGCCCGAAACAGCUGAAAAGCCCGUCGAGGAAGCGAAAGAAACCGUCGGUGAAAAUGCUACCCCCGCGGUGAAGCCGGAACCAGCGGAAACCCUCGCGACCGAAAGCGACAAACCUCUCGAGCCGACGUCUAAGCCAAGGCCGCGCAGGAAUGUCAGGCGCGGCAUCAACCACAGAUUCGAUCUCGAGACUCCCAGUCUUGGCAUGGAUAUCCUCGGCAAGCCGGGCCACACCAUAGUCCUGCGCGAUCGCAAGAGGAAGAGGAGAGAGCCGCCAAAAGUAGUCGAGGAAGACCAGGAUAAGGGCGAUGGAUCAAUUGCGAACCAGCUCAACCUCGAGGGGAGUCUAGAAGACCAGGAUCGGGAUAUCACGGUCGAAGAAGCUCGGCGAAACAUCGAGGAACUGCGGCCGAGCGAGUCGCGCGACCUGCUUGCGCGGGAGUUCGAUGAGCUUCUUAAUACCCUCCUCGACGGCUUUACCACGGCGCAGUUGGAGGACUACAUGUCUUCAUCGAUAGCCAUUAAGGCAGGCCCAAGAGAUGUGCCUUUGUCGGAUAAGAAGAGGCGGGACGUGGUGAAGCAGGUUACGGGGAGCCUGGGGACAAAGUUGAGGUAUCCAAUUCCACCACGAUACCACUGGAUCAAGAAACAGUACUCCUGGGUGCCGCCGUUGGAUUAUUAUUGGGGCAGCUCGGCGAAGGAGAAGAUUGCGUUGAUUAUAAUGCGCAUGUCUUGGCGUCUUCAGGUCAUGGAAGAGACGCCGCAUAUCGGUGAGGUCGAGCUCAAGGUUGAUAGCUCGACUCUCAACUUUCUUCUUACGGAAAACCGAACCAUGAAUACCAUCAACAGGCAUCUUGGCGACGGUGCCGGCAUCAAGGCCGUACCCGACAAGGAGAGACUGCACAUCUUUGCCACCAGGUCGAAGUAUGAAACAGUUCUCGCUCAAUUGGACAAGUUUGUCUCCAAGAUCCGGCACUCUACUAUCCCAAUGUCAGGUUUGGGUUCCAAGAGACUUAGUAAAGAGGACCUCCGUCAACUGAGCAUCUUGACCACCACAUGGCUUGAGUAUGGUACCGGUUCAAAAGUGAUCCACGUUUUCUGGCUCCAAAAUGAGAAGCGCCCGGACUCCGUUGAGUCGACUAAGGAUGUCAUCUACCGCCUUCUCUCCCAUGCGACGCAGCAACCUGGCCUCACGAGACCGUCCUUCGACAUAAUUUACGAUGAGACCAAGAUCAAGGAACGUGACCUUUUGCUCCUCAGGCUUUGGGGCGACAACCAUGAGCUACCAUGGGACAAACGAUACCAUGUGUGGUCUAGACUUGUACAUCCAGCGCUGCCUAAGCCGGCCUAUGAACAACCGGUUGUUGAGGAAGAGGUACCAGCGGAAGAGGGUGUCGGUCCAGCGUCGGAGACCCAGACGGAAGAUAGUUCGACAACGUCCGUCGUGUCUGAAGACUCUGCCCUCCCUGCCUCGACAGAAGCAGCGCAAGAUGAAGCCACCACGAUCACGCAGGCUAACUUGGACAAAGAUACGGACGAGCCAUCCACGGCUGCAUUCAAGCUGCCCGCCAUACGUUGGGCUGCCGCCGAUAACGCCCCAGAAGGAUGGCACCCACACACUACCAGCACGUCUGCCACAUUCGGCCACGUCCUUUACCCUUAUACCUCAUCCGAGCCCUACACACCCCUCAAAAAGGGCGAUUUCCCCACCAAGCUCCGCCCCGUCUCCCCUCCACCCUCCGCCUUAACAUCUCUACAAGUCCCACCCUCCUCCGCACCCAACGAGACCACCACCAAGAUCAUCCUCCGCUUCGUCCCCCACCCGGAACUCCCCAAGCCCGAACGAGAAGUCUGUCCCGACCUAGAAUUCCACCUGCGCAUAGAGCCCUCCCAGCUCUCGGGCCCGCUAUCCUGGCCCUCAACCACCAAGCGGCUCUUCGCCGUCAACGAGCGCAAGGUCAGCCAGGUUCUCCUCCCCGGCUCUCCUGUCGACGCCGAAAUCACACAAUCCAUCAUGCACGAGAUCCGGGCUGAGGCCCUCGAAGCCUCCGAGCCCCUACGCACUUUCUUCGACCUUUCCAAGCUUGACCUCUCAACGGGGACUCUCCUGACACCUCCUUCACUCUCCCUGCCCAUCCCCACAAUGUUCAUCCGCCGUCGCACGGAGAGUGACGAUCUCUCCACCACCUCGGGAUCGAACCUCACCGACACGACCAAUGCCAAAUUCCUCUUCGCCGGCCUAGAGCUCCACACCGAAUCCUCCCUCCCUUUCCACGGCCACACCCUCCGCUACACCUCCGUCGAAGCAGGCCACCACGCAGGCCGCAGCGCCCAGCUCUCCCUCGACGCAAGUCCCUCCACCACACAAACCACUACCACCACCACCACCACUUCUACUACCACCGGCGAUGACAUCUCCCCCGACCCAGAAGACGCCGCCAACAACCUGCCCGUCAGGUCCUAUCUGAAAGAGGUCCUACAGGUCGCCAACGGGAGGUAUUUCCCUUGGAUCGGCUCGAGGCCCGUUGAGCAUGUUGCUUCGGCGGAUGAGUUGGCGGCUUGA